AUGACGAGCAACUGGGCUGAGAGCUUCAACAACACAACUAAGGAUGCAAGAGGCUUCCCGAUCACUGCUGCUGUAGCAUUCCUGAGGUCCAAAGUCCAGAAGUGGUUUGCUUCACGAAAAGAAAAAGCUGACAAGUGGACGAAACCCCUAGCACCAGAAAUGAGGAGGACUUGGCAUUGCAUUUUGAAAAAGGUUCACCCUGGAAGAACAGUUCUCACCGGUGGCGUAGUGGACUUCCAGGAAAAGAGUUGCACUUGCGGCUUGUUCCAGUGCAUGAAGUUUCCUUGUCCUCAUGCAUGUGCUGCAUCUCAGGAGCGAAGUAUUAGCGUGUACACACUAUGCUCGCCAUAUUACACAACAGAAUAUUGGAGGAGAACAUACGAAGGAACAAUUAUGCCAGUUGGUGACGAGGAUGAUUGGGAAUUACCUGAUGACAUAAAGAACAUGACAGUUGGAGUGCCUGUUGAGAAGCAACCAGUAGGGCGACCCAAGAAGCAAAAGGUUGGAAGAAUUAAGAACAACCGAACUGCUUGUAAUGGUGAAAGGAUUAUCAAAUCACGAAAAUGUAGCAAGUGCGGUGCCACGGGACACAACAGAAGCACUUGCACCUACCGAGGUUUAACAUAA